AUGAGGCGCAAAACGGUGCUCACCUUUUCUGUGGGUGUUCUUCUAUUUUGUUCUUUGUUAAUCGGUCUAGGGAUGUGUUUGGCGGAUUCAUCAGGAGAAGCCCCCCCUCCAGACAGCUUCCUAUCCACCUGCAUGGAAGUCAUUGAUGCGAUAACAUUCUACGAAGACGAGCUGCAGAACUAUAAGUAUGAUGAUAAGUGUGCACCCUAUCGGUACAUAGGCAACACCGUUUUGGAAAAGCACAACUUGAGUAAUUACAACUGCUAUGCGAAGAUACAAAAAGCGCUGUGCAAGCUGAGCUACACGAGGGUUGCGAUGCCUGAGGGGGAGAGUGGCGAAGGGAAUGCAUAUAAAGGUGAAGGACACCACACGGAAGAUACCACUGAAGAGAAUAGUACAAAUGAGGAGCAUAUGGAAGAGGAUUUUCCAACAGAAGGAAACGGAGAUACGUGCAAAAGAACCAAGGAUACGUUCAUAUCCCUUUUGAAAAAUUGCACCGAAAGAGGAUACGGAGACCCCCUGGCCCACUGCGCUUCCCUGGAUAUGAAAAAAAAUGUAAUCUCAGAUGGAGAACUAUUCUGUGAGAGUUCAUUCGAAAGGAAAAAAAGUGUGCAGGAAAAUGAGCAGCACAAAUCAGUCUACGUAAAUGGUUAUAAAAAGGACAUAACCGAAACAUUCCAUUUUGAGGAAAACCAAAGGGACGAUUGCAUUGGUAUGGUUAAUCUGUAUAACAACUGCUCCACUGUUAGAAGAAGCGUCUUUGGAGAUACGCCUCUAACCCAUUGUGCUGAACAAAGCGAAAAGCACUUUUGCAAUAGAAGGCUUCACAAAAUGGAGGACAAAAAUUAUAUAUACACCUGCUCAGAUGUAAUAGUGCCUUAUUUGUUGGGCGCAAAUAAUAAGGAGAAGACGUAUAGCCAAAUGUGCCACGAUGUAAAAGAUUACGCAAAGGUGUUGAAGAAUGAAAAAAAUGAAUUUUUAAAAAAAAAAAAAGAAAUACAAGAAAAUGUGAAGCACAUGAAGAUAACGCAGAAGUUGUACAAAAUUACGGAACAUAUUUUCCAAACUUUGCAUGAACAAGUGGAAAAGUACAACCCAGAUUUAUUUCACCUGUUUAACCUUUUGAAAAACGCAAAGAUUGUGCUCCCCAAUGAGUACAUGUUAAAAUUGGACGAAAUAACUGAUGGGAUGACUCACUUGGAAGACGCAAUGCGCAAAAUGGUAUAUCCCACCUUGGAUGAGAACAACAUGGAGGAAAACGUUCUGCUUGUUAAUGAAGCGAAGGCUUCCAUAGAGGGGUUCCUAAACUUGCAGCAGCGCAUCAUUGCCCCGGUUAGGCAGGUUAAUGAGUACAUUCGCACGGCAACCAUUACAAACGGUGCAACACCAACCUCUGCCAGUGCUAGAGCUAGCCCGUUUGGCAAUCACGCCAGCAUCUUAAACUUGGAUGAGCUGGAGAAGCUGCAAAAAAGGCAUGAGCGCAUUAACGAAAGAAUAGAAGACUAUGCUGAUAGACGCAGCCAUGCCGUUUUCCAUGACCAUAAUUCCAUGAUGAAAAAUUUCCAUAACGAUAUUGAGAAGCUAAAUGGAUUAAUUGAAAUUUACACUUCUCAAAUUUCUUUGCUAAUUGGUAAAGGGUUAGUUGCAUGA